AUGUCAAAGCUUUGUUCCAAGACUCAGUGUCAUGGCCCACUCUGCAUCAGUGCUGAGUUCAUUCCCCUCCAGGACACUCGCUGUUCAGAGGGCGUCAGCGCCAGCACCGGCAGAGUGCAGCGGGCAGCAGGAGGACAGCGGGUGGCAGAACUGACUCCACACGUGCUGACACCUCUCAUCUGCAGCCAGAACAGCUCCCUGGGCUCCCAUCUCUCUGGGAGGGUGUGCCACCAUCCUCCCUCUGCCUCCCAGUCCAGGAGAUCGCCCUCAAAGGCCACCACGUUGAAGGGAAUGCCUGUUGCAUUUGCUGCUUCCAGGCAGGAGCAGGGAGGUCAUUCUUCCCCUGUACUCAGCCCUGGUGAGGCCACACCUUGAGUAUUGUGUCCAGUUCUGGGCCCUCACUUUAGGAGGGACGUUGAGAUGCUUGAGAGUGUCCAAAGGAGAGCAACGAGGCUGGUGAGGGGCUUGGAGCACAAGCCAUAUGAAGAACGGCUGAGGGAGCUGGGGUUGUUCAGCCUAGAGAAAAGGAGACUAAGGGGGGACCUCAUCAAUCUCUACAACUUCCUGAAGGGUGGCUGUGGUGAGCUGGGGGUCGGUCUCUUUCUCCAGGCAACAACAGAUAGAACAAGAGGACACAGCCUCAAGAUGCGCCAAGGGAGAUGCAAGCUAGAAUUAAGGAGGAAGUAUUUUACAGAAAGAGUGGUCAAAUACUGGAAUCAUCUGCCCAGGGAGGUGGUGGAGUCACCAUCCAUUGAUGUGUUUAAAAAAAGACUGGAUGUGGCACUUGGUGCCAUGAUCUAG